AUGUGGAUAGACCAAGUAGGAGAAUCUGUAUUCGAAAAUCACUGCACCGGCGAUAAAUGCCAAUUGAUAUUCUUUCAAUACAAUCUCUUCUCAAAAGAUGAUUUCAGAAAAGUUUCGGGAAGAGUGAUCGAUAAAACUGGAACGGAAGUAUAUUCAAUAUUUGGCAAAUGGGACAGUUCAGUGACUUGCAAAAAGUUGAAAUCUUCCGAUACGAAACACGACGGAAGUGAUCGAUUACUGUGGAAAAUCAGUCCACUACCUCCUAAUUCAGAGAGGAUGUAUGACUUUACUUUGUUCUCUUUAAUGCUGAAUCAGUGGGUAGAUGGCUCAGCGCCCACAGACUCGAGAAGAAGACCCGACCAGCGAAAAAUGGAAGAAGGUGAGUGGGAUAUAGCAAACAAUAUCAAAUUAGAACUUGAAGAAAGACAGCGCGAACGAAGGAGACACAAGGAAGCUGAGGAUGCAAAACAAAUUCCACGAGGCCUUCAUGUGAAACCCUACGAACCGCGCUGGUUCAAAAAGGAAAAAUGUUCACUUACAGGAGUCAUGGUAUUUGUUUACAAACACACGAGUACUGGGAUGCAAAAGAGAUGCAGAACUGGUCGCAAAUUAUUCCGAUAUUCAAUACAUCGAAGCCGGAGUGAUUUUACCAGAAAUCAAACGGGUUUAAAAAUAAUCGAUGUUCCAAGAGAAGGAACCAAAUAA